CACACAAUAAAUAUGAUGAAUGGAAUAGAAACAGUUGCAAAUGGAGAAACAGUUGCAAAUGGAGGAACAGUUACAAAUGGAGAAACAAUUGCAAAUGGAGAAGCAGUUACAAAUGGGAUUGCUACCCCAUGUCGUGGUGCUCUUAUAGUUUUAGAAGGUGGUGAUAGAACAGGCAAGACUACUCAAGCGCAGAACUUGGUCCAGUUCUUGAACAGUGCAGGGAAACCUGCAAUAUUUAUGAGAUUCCCUGAUAGAACCACAAGAUUGGCAGCAUUUAUUGACAGCUACUUAGCAUGCAGUAGUGAACUGGAAGACCAUUCCAUCCAUCUUUUAUUUUCAGCCAACAGAUGGGAAAUGCUUCCAAAAAUUAUUUCAACAUUACUUAGCGGGACUUCAAUAAUAAUUGAUCGAUAUGCAUUUUCUGGAGUUGCUUUUUCAGCUGCUAAAGAUGGUAUGGAAUUGGAGUGGUGUAAGCAGAGUGAUGUAGGUCUUCCAAAGCCUGAUAGCGUACUUUUCUUGGACCUUAGUGUUGAAGCAGCUCAGAGUCGUGGCCAGUAUGGUAAAGAGCGGUAUGAGAAGGCUGAAUUUCAGAAGAGAGUUAAUGAGAAUUACCAUAAAUUGAGAGACGAAUCCUGGAAGAUAAUAGAUGCAAAUAAAACGGUUGAAGACUUGCAGAAAGAGUUGGUAGCAGAAGUUACGAAAGUCAUUGACAGUGUUGAUGGGGUAAAGAUAGGGAAGCUUUGGUUAUAUGCAAUAUACUAUGAGGGAAUAGGCCCUGUAUGA